GUUUUAAUUGCCGUUUGUUUUCAUGGGGAAUGUGCGUCAGUCGAAAGGUCCCCUUGUUGAUAGUGUAAAGUGUGCUGUGGGGAAAUGGAAGCAGCCCUGUUUGCUCUCCCAUGGGUGCCAGUGAAUAUUGGUGGCUCUGAUCUACUGGCCAAAGCCUGGUUUGGUGACACACAGUACCGGGUUCUGCUGAGUGACCUGAACACUGUGUGGGAAGAAGAAAUGACCACAGAUGACAUCCAGAGUCGAGCACAGGAUCUGAAUAAGCGUCUGAGGGCUCCUACACAGGCUUUUUUCUCUCAUCUGUGUUCGGUGGCACGGCCUUGUUUCUCCGGUCAAGAUGGUGAUCAGAUUUCUGCUGCACACGUUACCCUUGAACAGCAUGGGGACAAUCUGACAGUCAAACUCAAAAGUGAGCUGGCUGGGGUGCCGUUCUACUGGGAGUUUCGCUGCACUACAAUGCCUGUUGGUGUGGUGUGCAGGCAGCUGGUGCGCCCCCUGCUGGCAGUGAGUCGAGUUCUGCAGCGGCAAGUGGAGGAUCUAGCUGCUCUUUUGGCUCGGAAGGAUGCAGAAAUACAGGACUACCAGGAGAACGGAGCUGUCCUGAGUAGAGCCAGACUACAGACGGAGCCAUUUGAGGUGCACAAGUUCAGGGAGAACUUCCUCACACAGAUUGUUCCACAGAUGGGUGUGACGCUGGACAGUUUGGGUUUUGACUCAGAGUUGCAGGCACUGUACAUGGCCGUGAGCUUGGGGAAAACAGGUCAGAAACGUAAACGCUCUGGGGCGGAAGACAACCUCGUGUCUGAACAUCACGCACCCGAUCACCAACACGUCACUGAUGUCACCGCAGAUGUGGCUUCUUCACUAGCUUCUCAAGAACAGAAUGAUGUCAGAGGAUCAUCAGGAAGACAUCGGGUGGCAGACAGCAAACAGGCUGUCCCGUUACCAUCAUCCGCUGCUUCUGGUUCUGAGGAGCGCUCCACCUCACGACCGAAGAAGAAGAAAGCAGUGGGGCUUUUCCGGUGACAAUUCAUGCCUCUAAAUCUGAAUAGUGCACAUAUGGACCCUUUUAUUUUCUGAAUGCUUUAGAAAUAUUUUUAUUCCUUUUAGGUUGGAUUUUAGGUGAUUAUGGACAUUUUAUUAUUGGUUUUUAGUCUGUGUGCCUCUUUUGAAGUUUCUGUGUUUUAGAAGUAAUAAAUAAAAUAUUGCCUUCCUAAUACAUGUUUUGACUGGUAGCGUUGAUGCACAGGUUGCAAGAUGCACAGGUUUGUUGGGGGCAUAACAUUGUGCUUCACAGGAUACUGACUUAGCACCAACUAGUGCUUCCAAGAAAGAAGACGAGACGAUAAAGUUCACAGAAUUUGACAGAGGUUUGUAAGGUUUGUGGCAUUAGAUAUCCAGAGUUUAGUUUGAGGCCCUUACUAGCCAGUAAAUGUGAUGUGCUUGAGUACAAACGUAUGUUCCGUUUCAUAUUCCGGUUCAUGUUCCGUAAAAUCAUCAGGACUUUUGAAUGGACGGAAAUUCUGAACCACAAGCCCAACACACAUAUUCCACUAAUUUCUAUGGUUUUGGCUGUGCAUUUGUUAAAAUAAGCUACCACUGUGUUUCACGUUGUUCUAAUAUCCUAACAUAGUUGAUUUACCCAUCUCUAAACAUGACAUAAAAGCUUUAGUUAUUAUAAUUACACUUAUUAGCCAGAUGCCUGCUUAUUUAAUUCAUGUUAGAAUUAGCCGUAAAGUAGA